AUGGCGGCCAGGCAGGCCAAUGCUCUGUCCCACCAGCUGGAGCAGUUCAACAUGUUGGAGACCGCCAUCAGCUCCAGCAGUCUGUACAGCCCAGGUUCUACACUCAACUAUUCGCAGGCGGCCAUGAUGGGCCUGACGGGCAGCCACGGGAGCCUGCAAGACCCACAGCAGCUUGGUUAUCCCAGCCACAGCAGUAUCCCCAACAUCAUUCUCACAGUGACAGGAGAGUCCCCUCCCAGCCUCUCUAAAGAACUGACCAGCACGCUGGUUGGGGUUGGUGAUGUCAACUUCGACACUGACAGCCAGUUCCCUCUGGAUGAACUCAAGAUUGACCCCCUGACCCUGGAUGGACUGCACAUGCUCAAUGACCCUGACAUGGUCCUGGCCGACCCGGCCACCGAGGACACCUUCCGGAUGGACCGUCUGGGGAAGACAGGCAGCGCUGUUUGGAGCGUCCUGCAGCCCCCUCCCCUUGAUACUUCUGGGCAGGAAGGGUGA